ACUAACCGCGGUAAGAAACAGUUGAUUCGAGGCUAUCUUUAGCUUACACACCCGCUAUGAUUUAAUAUACAUUCAAAAAGUACGUCUCAUGCAAAAUUUGGGUUUGAUCAACUGACCGUCAUUGUAGCUUUGCCUGCCGAAUUUUGCAAUAGUGCGCCUAAGUUUGUUAAGGUCAGUCGUGACAUUUCUUCCCGCAUUUGGUAAUCAGCACACCAGAUGCUAUGUAUCCACGGCAAUUGCGAAAUUCGGACAACAGUUGUGGCUAUAAAUUGCGUGUUAUUCUUAAACAUUUUGAAACAGAGUCAACACGAGGAUGAAUACCUUUACAGGUCUUUUGAUUUUUACGGGAAUACUGUGCGCAAUAGGAAUAUCAGAAUGCCUUGAAUGCUUCAACUGCCUAAAUAUCGCUGACCCACGGGCGUGUACGAACACGAGUCAAUGUUCAAAUAGUGAGUCCUGUUAUUUGAAAACGCGUCACUCCGGCAAUGAAGUACAUUACGACAUGGGCUGUCAGGACAAUCAGUUGUGCAGCUCAGUAGCUGUUGACCCGAACGGUAUCAUUGGUCGCUCUAUCGAGACCAGACAGCAGUACUCUUGUCAUGAAUGUUGCAGCAGUACCCGUUGCAAUGAGCAGCUGUGUUCCCACAGAAAACCAACAUCUUGUAUUGACGACGUUACACUGGACUGCGCCAGACUCAACUCCCUCUUUCACGUCUGUGCUGAUGUUCAUCACGCCAAAAUAACUUGUCCAAAGUUUUGUGGACUCUGUCAGCUAGUUGAUGGCAACUGGGCUGAUUGGGGCGGCUGGUCAUCAUGCACGGUAACGUGCAACAACGGUACGCAAGAACGCUCUCGAACGUGCUCAAACCCGGCUCCUUCCAACAGUGGACUUAACUGCACAGGGCCAGGUGUUGAGUCAAAAAUGUGUCAGAACCAGCUUUGUCCGGUACACGGCAACUGGUCGGAUUGGUCCAUGUGGUCUAAUUGCUCAGCUACUUGUGGUGUGGGAGUACGACAGAAGACAAGAACGUGUACCAAUCCUAAACCAGACCGGUCGGGGAACGAUUGCAUCGGUGAAUCUAUCGAAUAUACAGUGUGCCCAAAUAAACCCUGCAGCGUAAUCGACGGUGGUUGGUCGAGUUGGGGAGCGUGGGAAAGCUGUUCAGUGACAUGUGGAGGGGGACUGAAGCUGAGGAGCAGGACAUGCACCAACCCGAGCCCCACGUUGUACGGCAAGACUUGUGAGGGGAAUUAUGAGGCAUUUGUAGUUUGUGCCAAUACAGCAUGCCAUGUAGUUGCCUUCAACGCUCACGGGCUCAACGUUUUGUCAAAUCUUGUCAAUGCAUUUCAAACUGUGAUCUUCAACGAAGGGAAUGCCUACAACGCCAGCACUGGUCACUUCAAAGCUCCUGUGGACGGGAUAUACUACUUUUCUGCACAAAUCUGCCCUAUUGCCGCACGCAUGAAAAAAGAGAUAGAGUUUCUACAGGGGGCGUUUGACUCGUUCAAGUCGUCCCUGCAUCUGUGUCCCCUGUUACACCUAACAAGUGUGUACCCUGUCACACCUCACAAGUGUCCCCUGUCACAUCUCACAAGUGUGUCCCCUGUUACACCUCACAAGUGUAUCCUUUCACACCUCACAAGUGUGUCCCCUGUCACACCUCACAAGUGUGUCCCCUGUCACACCUCACAAGUGUCCCCUGUCACACCUCACAAGUGUAUCCCAUGUUACACAUCACAAGUGUCGCCUGUGACACCUCACAAGUGUGUCCCCUGUCACACCUCAUAUGUGUGUCCCCUGUUACACCUCACAAGUGUAUCCUUUCACACCUCACAAGUGUGUCCCCUGUCACACCUCACAAGUGUGUCCUCUUGUUACACCUCACAAGUGUUUCCCCUGUCAUACCUCACAAUCCUGGUGCCACUUGUUGGAGCUUUGCAAAAAAAGUAUACCCUGAUCAGACAGAUCCUGCAUGAGCUGUCUGAUCAAGGGUUCAUACUUACUUCUGACUUUGAAAUACCAUGA